AUGGGGGAGGAGAGUGCUAUACAGAAUGGUGGUGUCAGGGGGAACAACUCGGACCCUCCGAGUGCGAGUCACAAGACGCACGGUCCGAGUAGCGUUGAUCUUGAUUAUAAAUUAAGAAUGUUGACAUGUAACCACCCAGUUCCUCCGGAUCGGUACAACGAUAGGGUGGAGGAGCAUUUACGAAUUACCGGGUUCUAUCAUGUGUCUCAGAUUGGGAUAGUUCAGUGUCAGAAAGCAUUGGUAAAUGCUCUAAUCGAACGUUGGCACCCAGACACACAUACGUUUCACCUUCCCAUUGGUGAAUGUUCCGUGACUCUUGAAGAUGAGGCUCUAAUACUUGGUCUUCCCACAGAUGGUCUUCCAGUCACAGGGAUGACAAUGAGUAGUUUUGAAGCCAUGAAGGCGGAGUGUUUGCUUCAAUUUGGGGUUGCACCUCGUAAGGAGGACUGUAGAUCAAGUUGCAUAAAACUGACAUGGCUGCGGAAUCUAAAAGAGAAUUUAGAGUUGACUGACGAAAUCAGUAUACAGAGGUAUGUAUGUGAGGUGUCACAUUAUUUGCUGAUUGGGACGAUACUGUUUGGGGAUAAGUCUGGGGCAGGUGUGCACUGGAAAUUUCUACCCUUGCUUGAAGAGUUCGAUGAGGAUGAAGAAUCUCGUAACGAUGGUCAGGCACGCAGUCCAGAUGACAACGUCAAAGGUUACAAUCUGAGGAUUGAUCCGCCACGUCAGAGUGCUAAUCGUUUCACCCCUUCUGUCUUCAAAAAAGCGGCCAAGAAAUGCAAGAAGUUUGUGAAUGAUGUAAAGUGGAAAAUGAGAAAGUAG